CCCCCACCUUCCCGGAGCAGCCGCGGAGAGGCGCAGGUGGAGACAGCGCGCCCCCGCGGCGGGGGCUUCGGCCGCGGGAGCCCUAGAGAUGGCUGCGGGGACCAGGCUGGAGGACGGUUCACUGGAUCUUACGCAAAGUUUGGAAGAUGACCCUCUUCUAGAAGCCCAGCUUUUGCCACAACAUCCGUUGCAUGUUCAUUUCAGACCUAGAUUCCAUCCCCUUCCUACUGUCAUCAUAGCAAAUCUCCUCUUGCUAAUACAUGUUGUAUUUGUCAUUUUAGCAUUUUUAACAGGUUUGCUUUGUUCUUAUCCUAAUCCAAAUGAGGACAAAUGCCCAGGAAACUACAUCAACCCACUUAAAGUUCAGACUGUGGUCAUCCUUGGAAAAGUGAUUUUAUGGGUUCUGCAUGUACUUCUUGAACGUUAUAUCCAGUAUCAGCAUAGCCAAGUGAGAAACCAAGGCUACAUCAUCAUCUAUAGAUCCACAAGGCAUCUUAAAAGACUGUCGUUAAUGAUACACUCUACUGGCAAUGCAGCCCUGCUCCUCAUCCUGUGUAUACAGCACUCCUUCCCUGAUCACGGUCCCCUCUAUCUUGACUUCAUCCUGGCAGUCCUGGCCUUGGAACUGAUUUGUUCCCUGAUAUGCCUAGUCAUUUACACAGUGAAAAUAAGAAGAUUUAAUAAAGCCAAGCCAAGACCUGAUAUAAUUGAAGAAGAGAACAUGUAUGCGUAUGCUAAUAAUAGUACCUCAGAGACCGGAUUCAGGACUAGUUCCAGUCUAGAAGAAGUAGUUGAAAAGCAAGGAGAUAUUAUAGAAUACCUGAAACGACACAAUGCCCUGUUAAGUAAGCGACUACUGGCCUUCACAUCCCCAGAUUCAGCUUCUCAGCCAAGUGGAGAGUGAAGUCUCCCAAAUUUCAACAUUUCUAGAAUAAUCCAAAAUAAAACAGUUCACACUGGACUUUCAGACAAGCUGCUAGAAUUCAAUUGGAGCUUUUGCUGCCUGGUUUUUAAAAAUAUUUGAUGUUGGAAACUUGAAUUUUGUUUUCAGGUAUGCUGGACUUCUGUUGCUACGACUAAGGUUUCUUCCAUAUUUGAAAAAUCCAUUUCUAUGAUUAGUAUUUAAAAAUGUAUAGGCUUACAGAUACCCAUUUUCCCCUAGCCCUUAACAUAAUAGGUUUGAAUUAACUACUCAGUUUCCUUACAGAUGUAAUUCCAACUUUUCUCUUGUUAAUGCAUCCAGAUUGACAGCUUGCUCUUUAUAGAGGUAGUUAAUCAUUCCAGAGAAAUUUCUAAAUGAGUUCAGUAUAAAUGUGUUAAGUUUGCUGAAGCCACGGUGAUUGUGUAAGGCAAAAAAGGACCCUCAGAACCUUUUUACAUGACUACCUUGUGGUGUUGGGCAGAAACUCAGUUCACUCCCACUAAGGCAGUCAUUAGAAAAUUUACAACAUUGCUGAAUUGCCUUGUAUGAAAGGGACCUUGUACAGUUGACAAAAAGUAAACUGAAUUUGUUUCUCUAGUCUUGUCUUACUUGGAAUUUAGAGAUAAGGCCAAAUUUCGAACCUGACAUGUUCAGUUACUGAUAUAGUCCAUGAAAGAUGGUGAUUAGUCAAUUACAUUAUUUCCCCCCUGCCAGAUAAAAUUUUAGUUGACACAUUUGCCAUGGGUACAUUAAAUGCUUCUUUAGGAAAACCUGAUAUAUUUUUUUUAGCUUUAGUGUUCUAUUUUUUGGACAGUGGUUAAUCUUGUGGGUAGGAAGAAUGGGUUUCUCUAGUGUAUCAGAAUAUAUUUAUAGAAACUUGUGUAUAUAAUAUGACAUAUUAUGUAUACAUGUAUAUUUAUCUUGUAUUUGAAGACUCAGAAUAGUUUAAUUAUACAUCACUUGCAAGAUGUGUGCAGUAUUAAGCUUAUCACUUUCAUUACUACUUUUUAAUUAGUGAAUGAAGUGAUAUAUCCUCUUAAAGGUGAUUGUCUCACCUCCAAACAUUGAGAGAGACGGUGUCUGUCUGUCUUUCUUUCUUUCUGUCUUUCUGUGUCUUUUAGGAUGGAAAUAUAUACUAGAUGUAGUUUCUGACAGGUUGAAGUGUGUCUGAGCCCUUUUUUAAACUCCAGGUUUUAUCUGGGUUUCCUGCUUUGUACUGAUCAAUGUAUACCUUAAUGCCAUGCCAUUUCAGGAAGUCUCUCCUUUAUUCUAAGAAAAGCUAUUAUACUCUACCUUCAACUUUCCCACCAUUCUUUUAGUAGGAGGAGACAGAUUAUUUUCAACUCAGUUUGGUGUCUGCAAUUCCAUUUUAAUUAUUUCGUAAGAAUUAUGGAAUAUGCUUUGGUUUAAAUAACAGGUAUGUUCUGGAGACUUUUUUUUUUUAGGAUACUCAGGUUUUGACAUGUGUGUGUAUGCUCGUCUGUACUUCGUUUCUAACUGAAUAAUAAAUACUUUGAAAUAUUCAAACAAUAAAUAUUACUGAGAAAGUUG